AUGCGUAAAGUGAGACUUGUUCUCCAGGAGCACAAUGCCUCUGAACUCAGGGAAGGUUUUCAAUCGCAAGAAUACAGUUUACCACUAAAGAAUUCUGAUACUCUUCGUAGUGAUUGUAUUUUACGAACCUACGAUGAUAUGGUUGUGGGAGUGACAGAAAAGGUCUCUGCGCUGGUGAAAGAAAAAAUGCGCUACUCACUUUCUUGCAUGCGCUUAAAGAGUGUGAUACAGGGAGACUCAGCGUCCAUGAUGGAUGCUUCAUCAGACGCAGAACCGGUAUUAGAACUUUCUCCAAGGUCCCAAAACGAUUCCUCGAGUUUGACAUUGAACCUUCCGGGAUUUACGAGCCGUGUAAAAACGAUGGAUAUUGAGAGCACAUCAGAUAAUAGUUUCCAUAGCUCAAUUAAGUCCUAUGUUGAGCCAAUUGUACAGGAGGUACGCAAUCACAUUCAGAAGAGGUCGGAAGAAAUGUUGCAGAUGCGGAAGGCUGUGAUAACCAGCUUCGAGGCUCUUGGAGGUACCGAGGAUAUUCGCUCGGUGGAUGCGAUCAAAGCGUCUAAUUAUUUAGUAGAUAUAGCCGUUGAUACAGGCUCCUGUAUUACUGAAAUGAAAUUAAUUCUCGACCCCACCGGGGAACAUAGUGGCAAGGUGCGCCUCUCUAGCAUCCUAGGAAACAUAAAAACGAAACUGGGUGACAUAGAGGAAGCGAAUAAAGAUGCAGGUAGCAUCCUAUACGCUUUGGCCGGUCCUGACACAAGUAUAAACGAAAUGAGUUUACUUAAUUCCCCUGAUGGUCGCCGUUUGGAAAAGAAGAAGAAACCGCCGAGACCAGAAUUUGUUCGGGAAAAUCCUCUUUAUAUUGCGCGUGCUAUCUAUGAGAAAGAACUUAUUAUUCGAGGCUCAGAUAAGGGUGGGUUUCUACACCUUAGCUCCUAUGAGUUUAACCACCAAAAUGUCAAAGCCUUCAGAGAGGCGAUAGCCGAGAAAAAGCAACAGUUCCAGCAGAUGUCUCACGGAAUCACUGUGGCACUCUCCCUUUUAGGGGACACCAUGGACCCCUCCAAGGAGGACAUCAACACCCUAACACUGCGGCUGAUACAGAUUGCCAAAGAUGUGCAUGAUGCCAUGAUGCUAAGUCAAGGUGCGAUGUCAGAAGAGAACAUCAGAAUGGGAAAUAUCAAGGCCAUUUCCAGUUGUGGGGCUUCAGCUCGCGGUAACUCGUCACGAGAAUCAAACAUUCGCGAAAAAGAAGAAAACAAAUGUAGUGAUGAUGAAAACUCCACUUCGGGGCUCGAUGAGAUGCCUUUAUUUGCAAAGCAGACCGCUAAUCUAGUGCAGGCGCUUCAGUCGAUGCAUAUCAAGUAUGAGGCAGUGGAGCAGGAGAAAGAGUGCAUGUUUAAACAGCUGCAAUUCCUGCUUGAUAAUGACAACACGGAAAUUCUCGAGGAACAUCUCGAACGCGCUCGUGCCUACAUAGCUUCCCUAGAUGCAAAGCAGCACACCCUUUUUGAAGAAUUAACGAAAAGCAAAGAGCGACUUCAAGAAAAUCAGCAGUUAAUAGAAUCCCUUUGCGAAGGGCAGUGCACUCUUCAGAACGAGCUUAAGCACAGCCAGCAGAACCUAAUGUUCAUGGAGGAAAACUGUGAGAGACUCACUGUGAUGCUGAGUGAGAGCAUGGCAUUCGAUAUGGUAUUUGGCGAUCAAGCAAAACGAUUGGAAGAGCUCAGGAUCGCAAGGGUUCGUUCGGAUUCCUUGCAUGCAACUCAGGCUCUUAAAAGCCAAUGCACACUCCUCUUAACUCUGCUCGUGAAAAAUAGUGCAGAACAAGUCGAUGGAAGGGAAGUGAGUGCUGAAGAAGAGGACAUCCCAUUGUCGCUUAUUCAACGGUGCUCCGAGUACGUGUCCUCCUCGAUUGAGCUUCUUGGUGCUGAGCAGACUUUACACCGCGAUACAAAAGACAAGCUACAGGAUACGCAACGUCGUCUUGCGCAUGCCAUGGUGGAAGAAGCACACCUUAGAGAACUGCUAGGGGGACUCCGGCAGCAACUCGAAGCAGAGAAAGACAACGCAAUUCAACAGAUGCGAGACCAGAUUCAGGAGCAGCAGCGGGGGGCCGAAAAACGCCUGGAGUACGCUCUCAGUGUUGCGGAUAAGGCCCAGAAAGAUCUGAAUGAACGUAUUGAAAGUCUCAAGGACAGGUUGAGCGAUGAGGAACAAUUACAUAAAAUCGCGGAGGCAAAGACCAUUGACCUCCUCGGGCAACUGAACGCUAAAUCGGAGGAAGUUGGGGAACUGCAGGUACGGCUUGAGGCUGCUGAGAAGCGUCGCCAGGAGGCAGAAAGUUGUUUGGCCGUGUUGGAAAGGACUCAUGCAAUGAUGCAGGCUUCCGCAACUGAAAGGGAUGCCUUUUACGAACACAGACAUACCGAGUUGCUACAGAAGCUGGUGGUGAUGGAACAAGAGAUUGCCUCAGUGCGGAUCGCCCUUAAGGCGGCGUGCACAGAGCGUUCGGCUGCGGAUGCCUUACGAUCUCAAGCCGAGACGAAGCUAGCCAAGUUAACAGAUAUUGUGGAAAGAGUGAAGAACAGGUUGCUGCAUUGUGUUGUGUUGCCUGAUGUGUCUCAAGCAGACACCUUGAUGGAGGUCGUGGACGUGUUUCUUGAGGAGUUUGUGAAGGUGAAUGCAAAAGUUUCACGAAAAGGCACGAGUCGCUAUUCAGUCGGUACGACCACGGAGAGUAAUGUGGUAGAUAUGGCCAAUGGAUUUUCUACUGUGUUGAAGGUGUUUCAAGAACUUGCUUUGCUCCCACUUGAAGGGGUGAUGAUGCCUGAAGAUCAAGCAAACGCAAUCACUGAGUAUAUCAAUUGGAGUGUGGAAUAUAUGCACGAGUUAGACAGCGGAAAAGCAUUGCUUAUAAAUAGUCUGCAGCUCCAUUCAUUGGGAAACUCUACCUCUCAGCUUUCCACACCGCUUGUAGUUCUCGUGCAGUCGGUGCUAGAUCAAAAGGAUGAAGCAGUGCAGCAGUACAUCACGCUGAGGGAACACUACAAUGCUGUCUGCAAUGAGAUAGAUCAACUCCGCGAAAUGGUGAAGCUGAAUAACGACCAACAGGGCCGUGACGUUGAGGAUUUGGUUUAUUCCAUCAGACGAAUGCGUGAGAUAGUGCAGCAGAAACGAGAUGCGGACGAGGUUGUGGAAAAGCAUACUAGCGAGAUGCAGCUGCUGAUAGACACGCGUUUUUCUCGCCUUAUCCGCUAUGCUGCGGAGCAGGAAAAUGCUGUUCAGCAUAUACAGCAACUUCAUCACUUUAUGAGGCAUAAAUUGAGUGAGCAAAGCCGCAGCAGUAGUAUAGACUAA